UACAUUAUUAGUGACAAAAAAGCAGGAAGAAAUAAAAAAGAAGCAAACUUUUAUCUUUUUGACCCUAAAAAUACCUGCCUCUAACAAUAAAAAAUCUAUCUAGGAGAAAGAAAUUCAAUGUUUCUACUAAAAGUGACAAGAAAAAAUGUCAAAUUAAAGCAGUCAGACUCUCCUCCGACGCGGGCUUAUGUUCGGCCACGAGAAAGCUGCACAAAUUACAGUAUAACCAAUGAAGUUAAUGUAUAAAUUGUGUUUGAUAAUCCUAGUACUUUUCAUGUUGAUAAAAUUGGGAUGCUGUAAGUCUGAUGUUUCAGCUGGUUAUACGUUCAGCUUAGCCAUCCCUAGUGAUUACAGUGGAGAUUUCAAUGGGAAAGCUUACUUAAUGGAAACUGAUCAAAUGCCGCUGAAUUUCCGGACUGCAAUGAGUGUGGAGGCUAUUGAUGGGCGGUACGCUUGCUCGUUGCAGGUCUUCUUAGGUAAUGUUAAGGUUUGGAGUUCAGGGCAUGUUUCUAACUUCUUUACAUCAGAUACUUGUGUGCUCGAGUUUACUAAAAUGGGAGAUCUUCGCUUGAAAGGACUCAAUCAAGAGAUUGGUUGGCGAACUGGGACUUCUGGACAAGGUGUGGAGAAGUUGCAGUUGCUUGACAGUGGAAAUUUAGUCCUGGUUGAUGCACAAGAAAGAAUAAAGUGGCAAACAUUCAAUUUCCCAACAAACAUCUUACUGUUGGGGCAGAGACUAAGUGUAGCUACUCACCUGACCUCAUUUCCUACUAACAACUACUCCACCUCAUUCUUUUCAUUUGAGAUUCACCAUGACAAGGUUGCUCUCUACUUGAAUUCAGGUAGAAACAAUGACAACUACUACAAGUACUCAUACUGGGAAUUCCAUUCUUCCCAGACCAGAAACAUCACCUACAUCGAGCUAGCUUCCAAGGGUUUGGAGUUUUUCGAUGACAAAUACGAAAACUUCACACAAAUUCUGUCGCCAUACCAAGAACCAGUACGUUUUUUAUCCCUGGAUAAUGACACAGGAAACCUUGGUCUGUACUACUACUCUCCCUACAAGGAUAAGUUCGAGGCAUCAUUUCAAGUCCUAAAUACUACUUGUGAUCUUCCCCUUGCUUGUUCUUCAUAUGGGAUUUGCACAUUUUCUAAGACUUGUUCGUGUAUAAGAUUGUUAAUAAGGGAUCAAGAUACUACAAACGACAAUUGCAAUGAAGGGCUUUUUACAGGAAAUCUGUGUGGAAAAGAUGAGGUAGGGAUUAUGCUUGAGUUAAAAGAUGCAAGUAGUUUACUCAAAAAUGCUACUUCAAUGACUAAUAGUAGCAAAACAGGAUGCGCGAAUUCUUGCUUAAAUGACUGUGAAUGUGCAGCUGCAUUGUACUCAUCGCGCACCAGAGAAUGCAUGUUCUUCGAUGUGGUUCGAGGGGUUAAACAGGUUAAUCGAGGAAGCGGGUUGAGUUAUUUGGUUAAGGUUCCUAAGGGAAGAACUGGGAAACUUAAAAAGAGUGGUUUGAGAAAAUGGGUUUUGAUUUUGAUACUUAUUGCUGAUGGAAUAGUUCUGUUUUUGGUACUUGGAGGUCUAGGAUACUUCAUUGUUUGGAGGAGGAAAAAGAGGUUGAGGGACGGAAAUUAUUCUUCGUGACUAUAAAAUUUAAGGAGCUCAUGCAUGGUACAACCGGUUGUAUAUUAAAAAGUUACUCUUUUUUGAUGUUAUUCUUUCAUUUAGAAUGUUCAUUCAUGAUCUUAAUGAACAUUAGUCAAACGAUUCUAAAAAUAUAUUUUUAGGUGUAAUUAGUUUGUGUAUUUUUCUAUUUUGAUAAUCAACUAGUUUGUGUA